UGAUCCACCACGCCACGUGAGUGCGGUAAGCUGCCAACGAACGGAUUUAGUUGGUGGUUGCCGUCCCGAGGGUACGCACCAAGCUGCACAACAAGUGGCGGAAAACCAGAAACUCACAGAAUGGGAACAGUAGUACUUUUCGUCAUAAUGCCAAAUGAGAAAAGACUAGCAACAGAAAUAAAACCUGAAAGCACAGUACACGACUUAAAAGCCAUUAUAUAUGAGAAAGAAGGCAUCCCCCUUGAACAACAGAGACUAUACUACGACGGAAAAUUACUUAUGAAUGAAAACACACUCGCUUCCUACAACCUAGUCUCCGGAACUGUGUUACAAUUUAGGUUCUUUUUUAGGGGUGGAGGCACACCCAUGUUUUUCCUCAGUGUGAUAAUGCCAUCAAGUAAGGUGAUACAAACGGUUGUUGAUGGAACAACAACCAUAGGUGAAGUGAUGAAAACCGUGCAGAACGUAGAUCGAUCAUUGAGGACCAGCAACCAUCGCCUAAUGAUGGCUGGUAUGGCGAUGGACAACAGCAGGACUCUUGGCGACUAUGGAAUUAAAUCCGAGUCAGUCUUAAGAGUGGACAGGGUAGAACGGACGUGCACCUUUCUGUAAGAAGUUGUAGUAUGCAUAUAUGGAUAGAAUAUAAAAAGGCAAAUGUAUGAAUAAUGAAUAAAUAAAAAGAGAAAUUAUACACAC